CUUUCCGAGCCCACCGCCCACCAUCCCAUCAUCAGCAAAGAAAAAGAAACAAAACGAAGUCCCCCAAAUUCCUCUCCUUUUCGGACAUAGGGUUUCCAGCCAUGUGAAUCCCCGCCUCCUUCCCCACUUUUCUUGGAGCCACGUCGGCGAGAAGAAACCCUCGGAAUUAUAGGGCCGGGAGGGCGGAUAUGUGAGGUCCGGCCGCCGGCGGGGAGAUGGCUCGGGACGCGGCGGUCGCUGUGGCGGACGCGCAGAGCGCGCUGAAGAAGAAGACGGCAGCGGCGAGGAGCUGGAUCCUGUUGGAUUGCAGCGGGGAGGAGACGAUUCUGGAUGUCGACAAGUAUGCGAUCAUGCACCGGGUUCAGAUCCAUGCUCGAGACCUGAGGAUCUUGGAUCCUCUCCUCUCGUACCCCUCCACCAUCUUGGGACGGGAGAGGGCCAUUGUUCUCAAUCUUGAGCACAUCAAGGCAAUAAUCACGGCAGAAGAGGUGUUACUUAGGGAUCCUAUGGACGAAAAUGUUAUUCCAAUAGUUGAGGAGCUUCGCAGGCGCUUACCUCCUGCAAAUGUUCACCAAAUGCAUGGUGAUGGGAGAGAGAACUUGAGUGGGCCACAUGAGGAAGCUGCAGAGGAAGAUGUGUCUCCAUUUGAAUUUCGGGCCCUUGAAGUUGCUUUAGAAGCUAUUUGCAGCUUUCUUGAUGCACGUACCACGGAACUUGAGACUGCUGCUUACCCGGCAUUAGAUGAACUGACUUCCAAGAUUAGUAGCCGUAACUUGGACAGAGUUCGUAAGCUGAAGAGUGCAAUGACUAGAUUGACUGCUCGGGUUCAAAAGGUAAGAGAUGAGCUUGAACAAUUACUUGAUGACGAUGAUGACAUGGCAGAUCUUUACCUGUCAAGAAAAUUGGCUGGAGCAUCCUCUCCUGUCAGUGGUUAUGGUGCUCCCUGCUGGUUCCCUGGUUCACCGACAAUAGGCUCAAAGAUAUCUAGAGCAAGCAGGGCCAGUGCAGCAACAAUACAUGGAAAUGAAAAUGAUGUUGAGGAGCUGGAAAUGUUACUAGAGGCAUAUUUCAUGCAAAUUGAUGGCACGUUAAACAGAUUGACCACACUGCGUGAAUAUAUAGAUGACACAGAGGACUACAUCAAUAUUCAGCUUGACAACCAUCGAAAUCAAUUGAUUCAGUUGGAGCUGUUUUUAAGUUCAGGCACCGUUUGCCUCUCACUUUAUGCACUAGUUGGUGGGAUAUUUGGAAUGAAUAUCCCAUACUCAUGGAAUGAUAGCCAUGGAUAUGUAUUCAAGUGGGUGGUCAUCAUUUCAGGACUAGUAUGUGCCAUUCUUUUCAUCUUAAUUGUUGCUUAUGCUCGCCACAAGGGUCUUGUUGGAUCCUGAUCGUUACAAAGGUACAUACAGUCAAAGGAGCUAAAAUGUCAACCUUCUCCAAACAAUCAAUAAGAUAGACACCUGGUAUCUCAUGCCAAGGUUUAUUUACCAUCCAUUGCAAUGACCUACUUCCCUUCCUGGACCAAUCCAUCAUUUAUACCAGAUUCAGAAACGCCAUCUUCUCUUGCCUUUUUCAUCAUUCUACCCACGUUCACUUGCCUGUAUAGUGUGAGUUCCGAAUUUCCGUUGGAUUAGCAGAUCCAAGAUUGGGGACAGGGUCUAGCACUCUGAGCCAAAAGCUCCACUUUCCAGUUUUCGUGGUCUCAAAUCUAUAAAAGCAAGCUUUACAAUUGUUGUUGUAUUAUUCAUUCAUAAACACGUCAAUUUAUGAAUUUUUCCAUGUCAGAUAAUUUAUUUCA